AUGGCAUCAAUCUUUCAAUUUUCAAAAGAUGGCAACAAAGAGGAGAUUGUUAAGCUACUGAAAGAGAAUUCAAGAGAGCUUCUAUUUUUGAAGGAUGCAUACGAGCAAACUCCUCUACAUAUAGCAAGCUUCGAAGGUCACACAGAGAUCGUAGCCAUCUUCAUAAAGAAAGGUUCGAAAUUGGAUGUUCAAGAUAAGAGUGGAUGGACACCAUUACAUUGUGCUGCAAGUGCUGGAAAUUUCAAAGUAUGUGAAGCUUUGAUAUCGAAAGAUCCAGCGUUGGCAUCGGUUCAUGCGAAUGAUGGUACUACACCAUUCCAUUAUAUAGUUAGAAAGUGGGAUCCUGUUAUCACACCAAAGCUACUGGCGAUGAUCGUCAAGCACAAUCCUGCCAUUGUAAAUAUUGCCGCCGAGAAUCUUGAGACACCACUCCACAACGCCUGUCUCAAGAACUGUAUCAACUGUAUUCAAUUCCUAUUGCAACAUAAUGCCGAUAUCAAUAGACGUUCAAAGUCAGGAGAUACAUGUUUAACAUUUGCAAUUAGAGCAGGAAAUAAGAAUGUUGUAAAAUUAUUAUUGGAGCAUGGUGUUGAUAAUAGUAGCUAUGAUAGUGCAUAUCAGAUUGCAAGCGAACAGCGAAUGGACGAUGUCAAAACGAUGAUCCAACAGUGUCAGCAAUUCCUCAAGAUCAGAAGUAACCAUUCAAAGAUAUAUAAGAAAGGUUCUCUCAAUAGAUUACAGGGCAAACUAAAAGGUUGGAAGAAGAACUGGGCUGUACUAGAUGGUGAUAGAAUUAGAAUAUAUCAAUCUGAAGAUGAUUGUGAUCAACAUCAAUUGGAGAUAACAUUGAAAGAGAUUGAAAAGAUAGCAACAACAGAAGAAUAUCCAAGUUUUGCACAUUCAUUUGCAAUUACCAUUAAAGAUAAUCCAAACAAAGUUAUUUUGGCGGCAGACGACAAGGUAUCGAUGGCCAAGUGGAUAUUAGCAAUUGAUGGAUUGAAAUAUAAAUUCUUUGAUUCUUGUCUCAAUCAAUUCUUAAAGGGCGCUGGUGAGUGGAUCGUCGAAGGUGAAGUACCAGAGCCCGUUGUAUUCUUCCUCUCACUACUGCGUUACAGUCGACUCGGUUCAUCAUCGAAAAAGGAAUCCGAUCAAGCUGUAGUAACAAGUAGUGAUCCUGUGAAACAAGAAUAA